UCAAGAUCAGGAGGAUGGAGUACCUGGCAUCAGCAAAGAUGCCCCAUGUCAGCAUAUGAACCGGGUUUAUACAAAAUCUGCUUUCUCCAAAUUUUAUAAGCAGUCCAUUGUCUCAGAUGUCAGCAACAAUAACAAUGGAGGUCUCCUCAUCCAUUUCUGGAUUGUAUUUGUAGUGCCACAGGCUAAAGGACAAGUGUUCUGUGAAGAUUGUGUGGCUGCUAUUUUAAAGGACUCUAUUCAGACAAGCAUCACCAAUCGAACCUCAGUAGGGAGUCUGCAAGGUCUUGCUGUUGAUAUGGACUCCAUUGUACUUAGUGUUGGACUCCGAUCAGACUAUUCUUCAACAACAGGAACAGGCACAAAUUGCAUAUAUGAUCUACAUGCAGAUCGGCUGCAUCAGCAUUUCCCUUUGGACAUAUCUAUAACAUCAGGAAGGAUGAUUUGCUAUUUCAAAUUGAUUGCAUUGGUUGGUCACUUAAUUCGUCUCUCAAUAUCAGCCAUUCAGAUUGAAGCAGAUAACUGCAUCACUGAUUCAUUGACCAUUUAUGAUGCCUUGAUGCCAAUCAAAAGUAGGAUACUGUAUCGAAUUUGUGAACCAACCAAUUCGUUCCUGUCUUUUGUUUCUACAAAUAAUUUGAUGCUGGUUACACUAAAGUCCACACAAGUGCAGAAAGUGAAGGAAUUUCAUGGCUACUUUGAGAUAAUUCCUCAAGAAAAAUGUGGCAAAGUUAUCCUCGCAUUAGGAAAUACUGGGUUUGAAGGGAGAAUCACGAGUCCAUAUUACCCAAGCUAUUAUCCUCCAAAAUGCAUUUGUGCAUGGAAUUUUCAGACUCCCCAGAAGAAUCUUGGUAUAGCACUGAAAUUCCAUAACUAUACUAUCAGUGAAAAGAGCAUUAAAGGCUGUGAGCACGGAUGGUGGAAAAUUAAUGAACAUAUGUACUGUGGCUAUUACAUUGAUCAUCAAACAAUAUUCCGUGUUGGAAGUGCUGCGGUUAACGUUGAGUUUCAAUGUAGUUCAAAGCUUUCAGAGCAGCCCCUUCUGGUGGAAUAUGGGAGCUACAACAUCAGUCAACCGUGUCCACUGGGAUCCUUUGUAUGCCACACUGGUUUAUGUGUUCAGCAGACUCAGCGUUGUGAUGCGAUCAAUGACUGCUUUGAUGAAAGUGAUGAGCUCUUUUGUGAUGUGUCCAGACACGAAUGUAACACCAGCUUCUUAACACAGCACCAUUCUCUUUUGUGUGAUGGAAUAAAUGACUGUGAAGAUGGUCAAGAUGAACAAGACUGCACUGAAAGUGUUCCUUGUGCCAACAAUACAUUUAAGUGCAACAAUAAUAUGUGCUUUAGAAAACAAAAUGCAAAAUGUGAUGGGAUUAUUGACUGCCUUGAUGGAAGUGAUGAAAACAAUUGUAGAUGUGGCAGUACUAAAUACGGCCAUACCCAUCACCGGAUUGUGGGCGGUUCUGAUGCACAAGAAGGAGAAUGGCCAUGGCAAGUCAGCCUCCAUUUUGGUGGAGUUGCUUAUUGUGGAGCCUCAGUGAUAUCCAAAGAAUGGCUUCUCUCUGCCGCCCAUUGUUUUCAGGGGAACCGGUUAUCGGAUCCUAGAAUCUGGACAGCUCAUUUGGGAAUGCGCAUUCAAGGGAAAGCAAAAUUCAUCUCCCCAGUGAGGAGAAUCAUCGUCCACAAAUAUUAUAACAAUAGAAAUUAUGACUAUGACAUUGCCCUGCUACAAUUAAGUACACCAUGGCUUGACACCAUGAAAUGGUUAAUUCAGCCCAUCUGUUUACCUCCCAGCACACACAGAGUGCAUUCUGGGGAGAAGUGCUGGGUAACAGGCUGGGGACAGAAGCAUGAAGCAGAUGAUGAAAUAUCAGCAAUUCUACAAAAAGCAGAGGUGGAAAUUAUUGACCAAACAUUGUGUCAUUCAACAUACGGGCUUAUCACUGCGCGGAUGCUGUGUGCUGGGAUGAUGUCUGGGAAAAGGGAUAGCUGCAAAGGAGAUUCUGGAGGACCUUUAUCAUGUCGAAGCAAAGGUGAUGGAAAGUGGUUUUUGACCGGAAUUGUUAGCUGGGGUUAUGGCUGUGGCAGACCCAAUUUCCCUGGUGUAUACACAAGGGUGUCAAAUUUUGCUACAUGGAUACACAAAUACGUGCCUUCAGUUUUUUAAUCUAGCAACAAUCCACUUGGAAGAGAGUUUACUCUACAAUGUCUCUAUUAAAAUGAUAUUUACUAAA